AUGGUAUUAAUCCUCGUCGCGAUUAUACUGCUCUCUCUCUUAUUAGCGGGAUGCUCAUCUUCAAGUCCACUCAUACCUUCUAUAUUUUUAAUAAAUCUAUGGUAUGACCGGUCGUCGCCUCAGUACGACCCUGCGCAAGUCGACCCGGGCGCAUCAAGAGCUAUUGGAAACAUUGUUGGAAAUGCACAGCUAGAGGCAAGAGUUGGAUACUUUGGAAUUUGUAUAAAUCCUGACGGAUCUUCCUGGUUAUGUAGCGCCAACGCCUCUUCCCUUGCCGCACAAGUAAGCGUCGACCAGGACCCUCUGAACCUGAUAUGGGUCGCCCAGACAUUCAAAGAGAGCAUUGUUUUCCCGUACCUAUUGAUUAUCGCUAUUAUUCUAGCCGCAGUUACGCUGCUUCUUCUUGCAACCUUCCCGGGAUACGAAGAAGAGUAUGACGGAGGUCCUGAGAGGAGACGACUCCCAAGUCGGGCAGUGUCCCAGAUUGCACUAGCAGUAAUAUUUGUCGCAGCUAUCUUUGUGCUGGUUUCGGUACUGUGGCAACACACUGCGAGUGUGGCCGCAGCGACUAUUGCCGAAAACAUGGGGAAUGGAUCUGUCGCAACAGGCGUUGGCGUAACGGCUAUGGUUCUGGGCUGGUUCGGCUUUGCGCUACUGAUUAUUGUGACAAUAGGAUUAUUAGUAAUGAUAUUAUCAAUGCAUCUUGUCGAGAAACUCACAGAUGAAGGGAUCUAA